UAUUGAGUAGCGAUUUGCAUUAGACAUUUGCAAAGUUAGUAAAGACCUAGAGCGCCACUUGACCACACUAUAAAAUGGGGCUGCUCGUUUUACUAAGCACAAUAUUUAUAGUGCAACAUACAGUUGCUAUUCAAGUUAGGGUGGAUCCCUUGGUUCUGAUUGACCAGGGUCUGAUUAGGGGACAGAGGGCUCUCGAUGGCGACUAUUCAUCUUUUCUAGGCAUCCCGUAUGCCCAAGUGGACACCGCUAAUCCUUUUGGCGCGUCCUUACCAGCUCCAAAAUUCGACAACGUUUUCAAUGCUAGUGAUGGGAAUAUCGCAUGUCCACAAGACCACAAAAAAACAUCCGAACAAACCAUUGACUGUCUUCGACUGAACGUCUUCGUCCCCUCCAAGGCAACUCAGGUCAAUCCUCUCCCUGUGCUGGUGUAUAUUCACGGAGGAGGUUUCGUAGAUGGCUUUGCUUCCUACGACUCACCCACCGGACACAAUUUGGUCGCUCAGGAUAUAAUUGUGGUGUCCAUCAACUACCGACUAGGACCAUACGGGUUCCUGUGUCUCGACAUCCCUGAGGUACCAGGCAAUCAAGGACUCAAAGAUCAGUACACGGCCCUUAAGUGGGUGAACGAAAACAUCGCGAAAUUCGGCGGAAACCCACGAGAAGUGACCAUUGCAGGAGAAAGUGCUGGUUCCAUCUCUGUUUUGUUUCAACUGUACGCUGACAAGGAAAAGCUGUUCAAUAAGGUCAUUGCCGAAAGUGGAACGAUACAAAGUCCUGGUCUGUUCGUUGAGAGUGACCCGCAAGCUGCUAUAAAGCUUGCCGGGAAUCUUGGAUUCGUCACAGAGGACACAAAGCAAGCAUUGGAGUUUCUUUCAAACACAUCUACAGACUUGGUCAUUGGAGCUUCUUCUAAAUUGGGCGCGAGACUUCUGCCGUGCGUAGAGAAAGAGUUUGCUGGUGUAGAAAGUUUCAUUCCCGCUGCAUACGCAGCAGACGCACCCAAAAAAGUAAAAAAUACACCGGUAUUAAUAGGUGUGAACACUUGCGAAUGGAUUGGUAUGGGUACCGUAGAUCCUUUAGCUAUAGAAAAAAGACUAUCGGAAUUGAACUUAGCUGGUGACGAGUUGAAAGAAGCAGCUGCCGUUCUCAAGCAUUUUUACUUUGGAGAUGAGGAUAUUACGGAGGAGACAUUACGGACGUUGGACCACAUUCUAUCGGAUAUUUCAUUCGUGUAUCCCACGGAGUUAGCAAUUACGAAGCUGUUGGGUGAAGGGGCGGGUCCGAUAUACCAGUACGUGUUUAGUUUCGUGAGCGAGAACGACAAGGGAGAUGCCGGGCUCGCCGCUCACGCUGCUGAACUCAAAUACGUGUUCGCUAGCGGACACGACAAGUUCAAUGAAGAGGAGAAGAUCGUCUCUGAUCACUUCACUUACUUGUGGUCAAAUUUCAUUAAGUACGGAAAUCCAACUCCAAAGGAGACUGAGGAAAUACCGUUCAUUUGGGAACCGAUCACCACAGUUACCAGACCAUACGUGAACAUCGAUGUUGCACUGACGGCCAGGAGUCGCUUCCAGCACGAGAAAAUGGCAUUCUGGGAACUCUUUUACAAGCAAUAUGUACAAGACAAACAUACUAGUAUAUUUUAAUUAAUUUUAACUAUGCUUUUUCAAGUAAUAAAACGGCUGCAAUAAUAAA